AUGGAGUCGGAUGAAAUACCCCAGUCAGAAUCAUCGCGGGCUCGAGACUUUAUCGCAGAGCUCGGCGGUAAAAAUGGGUUUGUUGAACAAAAGUACUGGGACGAGCUCAGCGAAGCUGGUCGCGCCAAGUUCCAGAGAGCCAUCAGCAGCCUCCAAGGUGAAUUGGAGCCGGCCAUCAAGGCACUGGCGCAGAGUCUCUACAGUAGUACGGGCCGGUUCGUGUUUGAGCUCCUACAGAAUGCCGAAGACUGCGACUUCCACUUCGCCAAACGCGACAACCAGAGUCCUUACAUCUCUUUCCACCUGAGCGAAGACCGUCUGGUCAUUGAAUGCAACGAGGAUGGCUUCACUAAAGCCGACUUGGAAGCCAUCUGCUCCAUCGGCAAGAGUUCCAAGUCGGCCACCAAGGGAUACAUUGGCGAGAAGGGCAUCGGCUUCAAGUCAGUGUUCAUGGCGGCAUGGAAGGUGCACAUUCAGUCUGGUCCCUACUCCUUCUACUUCAAGCAUAGCCCCUCCGAUGGAGGCAUGGGAAUGAUUACGCCAAUUUGGCAGGAGUCUGCCGAGGAGCUGCCUCGAAACAUGACCAGAAUGACCCUCGACCUUCAUACUGAGGGCGAUCCUCAGACCAUAUCAGCCCAGCGAGUCAACCUCCUUGAACAACUUUGCAAGCUCAACGGAAAUGUCUUGUUGUUCAUGAACAAACUGGAGGAGAUUCGCAUCGUAGUGGAAGAAGACGGGAGCCAGAUCUCCAUCACCUUUUCCAAGAGUCAGGCCGAUGACUACAGGAUCAAGAUACUCAAGACCGUCACGCACGACGACAGCGAUGGACCAAAUAGUUCCUCGACCCUUUACCACAUCACCAAGCACCAAGUACACAAUCUCUCCAAGAACGAGAACCGAACCUACUCAGAGGAAGAAGAUCGACGGAAGGAGUACUCUACUGCUGAAGUUGUCCUGGCGUUCCCUCUCACACCCAAAUAUGAGCCCGUUAUUGAGUCACAAGAGGUCUUUGCAUUCCUGCCAGUCCAACCUGCAGGAUUUCCGUUUUUGAUCCAGAGUGACUUUAUGACAAAUGCCAGCCGAGAACAUAUCGUCACCACUGCUGCGCGCAACACUGGUCUCCGUGACGGCAUCCCCGAGGCCUUUAUUAAAGCAGCCUUGGAGUUUUGUAACCAUGAGACUCUUCAAUACACCUGGAUGGAGUUCCUUCCCGUCAGGGAAAACAUGGUGGACACUGACUUUUGGCCCGUCUUGGUCACGAAUAUUGAGGAGAAGGUCCGCAAAACGCCACUCAUACGGCCUGAGAGUGGAAGUCCUUUGCGUCUCAUCACCAGACUUCGGAAUCCACGUCCUUAUUUCGUUGACGACGAAAACAAUCUUCUGCUCAGAGAUCUUACCCCGGAGCUCAGCAUAUCUCGUCACUAUGGGAGUUCUAGUCUUGCUAUUCUCGAAAAACUAGGGUUGGAGAGGGUUUCUUGGAAACAGAUCAUUCGCAUGGUCGACCAAGACCUCCAGUCCUCAGAUUCUUGGAUCAAAUUCAGGGUUUCCGACGGCUCCCUGCAAACAAGAGUCGCCAAUAAGCUUCACAACUAUUACACAACCACGAAGCAUAGCGCGACAAGAUCCAUGAUUGAGGAGUUGCCCAUCAUUCCUUUGCAAGAUGGCCGCUGGCUUGCCCCGACAAGCGAGGAGAAGGUCUUCUUCCCAGUCACAGCAGGACUUAAAAUCCCAGAAGACCUUGAUUUCAACCUCGUUGAAUCGUCCGCGGCUGCUGACCCAGCGUGGCGAGGGCUCCUCGAGCUGCUUGGCGUUGAAUCACUCAGGGUCAGCAGUGUCCGGGAACGAAUCUUCCAACGGCACAAGUCGUACAGGAAGGGUCCUGGGAAAAGAGUUGAAUUUUACGUGCAGCAGCUCAAGUUCCUAUACUCUACGCAUGAUCGCAAGACCCAUCAUAUGAAUGAUUAUUGCAAAGUUCUCUUGAUUGAUGAUGGUAUCACUCAGAGGACGAUGUCCAGUUCAGAUGUCUACCUACCAGACGAUGAUCCCCUCGGGCCGCGAGAGCUCCUCAAACCCAUCGUAUGCGACGACAGCUCCGCCAAAGGAGCCCCAGGUUUUAAAGUCAACUUUCUACACGAGCUGUAUCUCCAGGGAGUCCCAACCCCCCCAGAGCAAGACUCUCUCACCUGGAGGGACUGGCUUGUUGAAGUCAUGGGCGCGCGACGACUAUUGCGGCUCGCUAAUAAGGACUCAUCGCCUACGGAUCUAUCACAAGUGUGUCACUAUGUUGCAAAACAUAGACCGAAGAAGUUCGUGCCUUUUCUGGUUCAUCAUUGGCCGUGGGGAAAGACAUCGAUCCUAAAGGGGGAACUGGUACAGAAACUGUGCGAAACCAAGGUUCUGUGCCAGGGGGAUCGAAUGCUUGACCUACGAGGCACAUAUCUUCCAUUUCCGGAUCUCCAGUUUCAGUGCACGAGGUUCUUGGCAGGAAAGGCUGAGUUUCCGUUUCUUCAAAUUGAACUGCCCAUGGAACGGAAAGACUUCAAUCUGGAUUGGGGCUUUCUGACUCUCUGGCUGGGAGUCAGACAUAGAGAGGAUCUUUCCUUCUACUUGGAUAUUCUCGAAGCCUUUAGCACUGUAAAAAAUCCAACGAAAGACGACAGCCACAGAGUUUUUGAGCUCUACAGCGUCAUUCAUGGCUGGUACCUUCAGUCCGAGAGCAAGGAUCUCGACAAGGGAUUCAUGAGGUUGCGUUUCGAUGUGUACCGCAUGGUCUUGGUCCCCUCUGAGGAUGGAAGGGAAAGUGUCUGGGCGCCGCUUGCUGCUUGCCUAUGGGAAGCACCCCCAUGCCUGAGAACCAGCCAUCCCCUCAAAGCGCGCAUGCAACAUUUCCUGGCCGAGUUUGCAAGUCUUCCUAGUUUCUUCGUUGACAUCCUGGAGGUACCAAACUGUGACUACUCUCACAUAAUGCGCGAGUUAGGACACUUGAGCGACAAAGGGGACUCGGAGGUAGAGGCUGUUUCCAGUUUAUACCAGCAGCUUAGUAUCAUGAUCCAAAAUUUACCAGCAAUGGUACAAAGGAACAUCAAAUCGGCCUUUGUCAACAGAGACCUCAUCUACGCGGAGAAGGGAGGCCACGGAGGCUGGCACCAAGUGGCCAAAUGUUUGUGGGCAAGCGAAAGGGAUCUCCCAAGAUGGGCAAUCCUCGAACCUCAUUACAAAGGCUUGCACGACUUCUUUGUCAACUUUCUUGGUGUCAAGACGCUCAGUCUUGAGCUGGUCUACAACGAACUUGACCGUCUGGGCUCAUCUUCUGGUACCACUCGCGAUCAAAUCGAGCCUAACAUUUGGCUCCUUAACUCGUACCUCUCGGCAGGAAGCCGACCCUCAGAUGCAAAGACGCUCCUUGAUAGGAGAAUCUUCCCAGUGCGAUACCCAGACGGCCAUGUUCGGCUUGAGAAGGCCACGGUGGAGUUUGCCAUUGUUGACCGAGCGCAGCUGGGGGACAUCUUCAAGCCCAGGGCGAAAACAUUGGACUUUGACCUUGAUGAGGUUCGAAUGCUUGAGCCUACUCUAAACUGGCUGGGACUAGGAGCGAGAUAUCUUUCAGAAGUCGUCCGAGAGGUGUCUCGUGUUCAGGGAGCUAGCAAAGAGCCCCUCUCUACUCCUGAGCGCAGCAUCAAGCCCAGAGCCCAUGCACUUUAUCGCAUUGCAUAUCAUUACAACAGCCCAGGAGUCACUGCGUUCGCUAGUGACCUCUACGAUAUUCUCAUGAGCGCCCAAGUGUACGAAACCGACGGGAUUGCAGCAACACUCUCCUUCAAUCAAGACGGUCGCGAAAUAUGCUAUGAAAAAGGCCGGAGUGAUCUUCACAUUGAAGAGGAUGGCAUACAUCUUGAAAUCUUUGUUCCUCGCGACAAGAAGAGCCAAGAGUCAUGCUACGCGAGGAAGCUACCCUUGAGUCUCUUCAAAUGGCUCAUGAUCCCUUCAGAGGGGGGCCAGCUAACUCUGAACGAGAAAGGGCUCAGAGUUACAGCAAGCGUGCUUAAUUCUAGUCGCUCCGUUAUAGCAGACAUCUUGGAGGAAGAGGGCAUUGCUGCUGGCGAGUUUGAGGAUGACUACGAAGAAAACGAGGAGCCCGAGGAGGCUCAGGCUGCGGAGGAAGCCCAGGCAACUGGAGAAUCUCAUGUUGCUGAGAAGACUCACAAUGUUGAAGAGUUUCAGGAUGUAGAAGAUGUUGUCAGCUCUUCGGAUGAGGAUCCGAUUGCUACCCCAGCAUUGGCAGAAACAGAAGCUGAAGAGACUCCCGGUCUGGCGACCCCCGAUUCCUCGCAACAUGCGGCACCGGUCAGGCAAGGGGCAGUCGAUAACCCGUCAUUCACCCCAAGCAGCAUUAAUCAAGGAGUGGCUACAGGUUCUUCAGCACGGUGCCAACCGACAAGAUCAAGGCGAUUCUCUAGCUCGGAUAUUGCUGAAGAUGUCAGCUACUUUGGAGCAAGGAGCGAUUUCGCCACCACCAGGAACCAACCAACAAUUCAGCCCAUACCCGCUGUGCCUGCCUUGAUCGACCAGGAGGCGACCAGAUAUCAGGCCUUGCUGGAGCGAGUUGUAACCUCCGCUCGGGGAUGCCCGAGGCUCCCAUCCCAGGGAGCAUAUGACAUGACGGGAAUGUCAAAUGCCCUUUCUGAUCUCAUGGGUGACAGCAGUUACGACGAGGUUGACCAGUUCCCGCGAUUCCGGUCUUCAUCUCAGCAGGAGCGCGACAGAAAGAUUGGUGCCGCUGGGGAACUCUAUGUGUUUGAAUUGCUGAAGAACCUGAGCCCUGAACUCCCUAGCUUCUCGCUUGAGAAUUGGAGGAGCACGAUCCGGAGAUAUGUCUCGGUGCAUCCGGACUACGCCAACAUUGGGCACUGGAACCACAGAGAGACUUCAGAUUUCGAGUACAAUGACAGCGAAGGCGCUCUUACUGAGUUGAUGAUCGACAAUGGGUACCUGGAGAGAGAUGUAUGGGAAAACAAGAAGCCAAAGUAUUAUCUCGAAGUCAAGACAACAACAGGACCUUGUGAAGCUCCCUUUUACAUGAGCAAGAGUCAAUACAGAUUGAUACACGAAUGUCAAGACAGUACGGACAAGAUCUAUGUGGUGUUCCGCGUCUAUGAGGUCGAGAAGGCUGCGGUGCAGUUGAGAGUCUAUGUUGACCCGGCAAGGUUGGAGGAUACGGGAAGUCUCAUUUACACCGCCGAGACCUGGUCUGUGAGACCUGGUGCAAGACCUUAG